AUUUUUUCGCAACAACUUGGCCAUGGAUGCAAAUGACACCGCUGUGCGCGAAGACGCUUACUUCAUGAAGCAAGCGCUGGAGGAGGGAGUGAAAGCACUGGACCGCGGCGAAGUUCCCGUCGGAUGCGUGUUUGUCUUGGACAACGAGAUCAUUGGCCGCGGAGGCAACAGGACGAACGAAUUGUUCAACGCUACCAAACAUGCCGAACUUGUUGCCAUCGAUGCUAUGCUAGAGGGCGACCAAUACACUGCCGCCACCUUGCGCGACUGCACCCUAUACGUGACAUGUGAGCCAUGCAUCAUGUGCGCAGCAGCGUUGGCCCUUGUCCAAGUAAAGCGCGUGGUGUUUGGCUGCCACAACGACCGUUUUGGCGGGAACGGGUCCAUCUUGUCCCUUCACGACCCCACAGCGUUCCCAGGCAACGACCAUCACAUCGGGUACCCCAUCACGCACGGUUUGAUGAAGAACGAAGCGAUCGCAUUGCUCAAAGACUUCUACGACCGAGGCAACCCUCGAGUGGAGCAUUCCAAAAAGAAGCGCAAACGGCGGGCCGACUGACGGUAGUACUCACAGUAGUAAACUAUCCUAUAGUUAGUAUACUGCACUACGUACAGUACAGUACAUAUCACUAUAAUACACACAAGGACAUACUAGUAUCAUCCACAAACACUGGACAACAGCGUACGCGAUCAAGGAUUGGACGUCCACGAGGACAAGUCUCGGUUCGAAGUGACACUGUGCACACGUUGAAGGGCCGCGUCUGUCCCCACGCGUUGAGCAGGUUGAACAUGUUGGGACUCGGUGGGAGGGGGGGGGGUCGUGGUGGCGGCUUCGCGGCUAGAGCCCUC